GCGUGAGAAAGUUGCCAUUGAUGGAAGGCAGAGCGAGACGGAGGAGUGUACGUGCCGCUGUGGGAGUUUUUUGUUAUCAAAACUAACGACAUAUUUCCUAAUUUUUGUAAAAUCUAGUUUGGACACAGGCUUACGUACAAAUUUGACUUGGAUACAUCUUUCCCUGAUUUAUUCACCGCCGACUACCGACCUAGCCAAGUGGAAACUCUUCAGUGAAACUAACUUGUAUUUAUGUGUGAUGAUGCUAACCUAAAGCUCGGUGUUUUACGGUUCCAUUAUUUUUUUCUUUUGUUAUUUUUGCCCGUUCGGUUGACGGUUCCUUCCCGGAGAAUUGCCAAACAAAUACAGGAGUGACUGAGGUUUCUGCCUCGCCUUCUCACCUGGUUCUCGCCGUCCUCCUUCAACUUCAAGCUGGCUCCGGCUAAAUGAGCUGUGUUUUUUCCGGUUGAUUAUAUACGGACGCUGCCGCUGAAGCGGACGAGGGACAACGACCCGGGACCACAGCCAGCCAGGAGCGGGGAUUCACGCUAACGGCCCAUGAACGUAGACCGAGCAGUGGAUAGAUUUGGUUUUCUGUUCGAAUAUUUAAGGACAACUGAAAGGCGGAUGGAUUAGUUUCCUUAAUCAGGAGCUUCAUACAUCCUUGUUGUGCUUCAUUUGAUCCCUCGUUAGCGGGGUUUCAGGACAAGACGCGUUUGCAGUCUCCCCGGAGAUAACAAUGUUUCCCCAGGGAAGACACCCGACACCCCAUCAGGCCCCGGGCCAGCCCUUCAAGUUCACCAUCCCUGAGUCACUUGACCGCAUCAAGGAGGAGUUCCAGUUUCUUCAGGCACAGUACCACAGUCUCAAACUGGAGUGUGAGAAGCUGGCCAGUGAAAAAACUGAGAUGCAGAGACACUACGUGAUGUACUAUGAGAUGUCGUACGGCCUCAACAUUGAAAUGCACAAACAGACGGAGAUUGCCAAGAGACUAAACACCAUCUGUGCUCAAGUCAUUCCCUUCCUCUCACAGGAGCAUCAGCAGCAGGUCGUCCAAGCUGUCGAGCGAGCCAAACAGGUGACCAUGGCAGAGCUUAAUGCUGUCAUCGGGGUACGAGGACUGCCAGGGCUUCCACCAACACAACAACAUCUAUCCCAUAACCAUGGGGGUGCCCCUGUUCCACUAACCCCUCACCCUGCUGGCCUCCAUCCCUCCCAGCUGGGUGGUUCAGCGGGUCUUCUCGCUCUAUCGGGAGCACUUGGUGCGAUUCCUCCCCAUCUGGUAGGAAAAGACGGAGAUAAAAAGCCUCAUCUGUCCGGACCGGACUCACAUCCUGCAGCGGCCGAACUCCUUAGAGAGCGAGAGCCCGGCACAAGUAACUCGCUGCUGCCGGAAAGUCUUAGGAACUCGGAUAAGCGGCGCAAUGGGCCAGACUAUCAAAACGACAACAAGAAACGUAAGGUGGAUGACAAGGACUCCAGUCACUAUGAUAGUGAUGCAGAGAAAAGCGACGACAAUUUGGUGGUGGAUGUUUCAAAUGAGGAUCCUGCUUCGCCGCGUGGGACACCUCUUCCCUCCCCAAGAGAGAAUGGGUUGGAUAAAGCCCGACUCCUUAAGAAAGACCCCUCCAGUCCAGCCUCCACAGCUUCAUCAGCCAGCUCCUCUUCCUUAAAGUCCAAAGAGAUGGCGAUGCGAGAUAAGGCGGGAACACCUGGACUGAAGUCGAGCACACCCACUCCCAGGGGUGACUCCACACCUGGACCAAGCUCCACACCUGGAAUCCGACCAAGUCUCUCAAAACCUUCAUCAAUGGAUAUACCUCACCCUCCCACUGCAGGUUUGCGAACUCCCCUGGCUGUCCCGGGCCCGUAUCCUGGUGCCUUUGGUAUGUUGCCCCAUGCAGCAGGCAUGAACGGGGAGCUAGCUGGUGCAGCCGGUGCUGCAGCCUAUGCUGCUGGGCUGCACAACAUGUCUCCUCAGAUGAGUGCUGCGGCUGCAGCCGCCGUGGCUGCAUAUGGUCGUUCUCCAAUGGUUGGUUUUGACCCUCAUCCUCACAUGCGGGUUCCUGGAAUGCCUCCUAGUCUCACAGGGAUCCCUGGUGGCAAACCUGCUUAUUCAUUUCAUGUCGCGGCCGAUGGACAAAUGCAGCCCGUCCCGUUUCCCCCAGAUGCUCUGGUGGGACCAGGAAUUCCCCGCCAUGCCCGUCAGAUCAACACCCUAAACCACGGAGAGGUUGUGUGCGCUGUCACCAUCAGCAACCCCACCCGGCACGUAUACACGGGAGGAAAAGGUUGUGUCAAAGUUUGGGACAUCAGUCACCCAGGAAACAAAAGCCCCGUGUCUCAGCUUGAUUGUCUGAACCGGGAUAACUACAUCCGCUCGUGUCGUCUCCUCCCCGAUGGUCGAACGCUUAUCGUAGGUGGUGAGGCCAGCACGUUGUCAAUCUGGGAUUUGGCCACACCCACUCCUAGAAUUAAAGCAGAGUUGACGUCAUCGGCACCAGCCUGCUACGCUCUGGCCAUCAGUCCAGACUCAAAGGUCUGCUUCUCCUGCUGCAGCGAUGGAAACAUCGCAGUCUGGGAUCUACACAAUCAGACCCUUGUCAGGCAAUUCCAGGGCCACACCGAUGGGGCCAGCUGUAUUGACAUCUCCAACGAUGGCACCAAAUUGUGGACAGGAGGCCUGGAUAACACUGUCCGCUCCUGGGACCUGAGGGAGGGACGGCAGCUGCAGCAGCACGACUUCACCUCACAGAUCUUUUCUCUGGGCUACUGUCCCACAGGAGAAUGGCUUGCUGUUGGGAUGGAGAGCAGCAAUGUGGAGGUCCUUCAUGUCACCAAGCCUGAUAAAUAUCAGCUUCACCUACAUGAGAGCUGUGUUCUUUCUCUACAGUUUGCAUACUGUGGCAAAUGGUUUGUGAGCACCGGAAAGGACAACUUAUUGAACGCAUGGAGAACACCCUAUGGAGCCAGCAUAUUCCAGUCUAAAGAAUCCUCUUCAGUGUUGAGCUGUGACAUAUCUGUGGAUGACAAAUACAUCGUCACUGGGUCAGGUGAUAAGAAGGCCACUGUUUAUGAAGUCAUCUACUGAAACCCUUGGAAAAAAGCAGCAAUGCUUUCCAUUUACUACAAAUGUUUCCAUGGAACUCUUCUCGUGGAGCGAGAAAUCACAAGAAGAAAGGAACUUUACCAGGACAUUUAUUUAUUGUUUUCUUACGCCUGCUGCAGAGACGCUGAAAGGAGGCUAAAUUUAACCUGCAGAUAUUUAUUGUGCCUGUGAACGUGACUCCACAUCUGAGGGAAAUUAUUGGAGCGGACAAAGAAAAACUGUGGAUUCUGGAUCAUCUGCUUCUCGACCAGUUGGGGGUUUAGUGACAAAAAGGCGACUGGAUACAGAUCUUUGAAUGAACUCGAGCCAAUAUUUGGUUUCUCAGCCAGCGUCAAAGUGGCCAAUCUGUAAACAUGAGCAAGACUUUAUAUAAAAAAAAAAAAAAAUAUAAGGGGUGAAGAACGAAUGCAGAAAAUAUAAAGCUUCACAUUCGCUUCCAGAAAUAGUCAAGCAGGGACCUACAACUUUUUCCUGUCUUUUCAUAAUUUUUUUUUUUAUACUAACUUCUCUAAAGGGGUGAAAACGAAGAAACAAGCCUAAAAUUCUGAAAAUUCCCAAAUGUGAUGGUGGAGGCACAGAAAGGGGAGAUUGGUUGUUUAACGGUAUUCUUUUAUAAAACCUCUGAGUUGAGACACGCUCUUUGUUUCAACUUCAGACUUUGAAAAAGUAUUUUGAAGUACAAAUAAUUGGAAAGUUUUUUUUGUCUUUUCAAUGCACACAAAUGUCAAAACAGUGCUUAGUUGCAUUCAGUUUAGAAAAAGUUAUUUUCUUCUAAUGAAGUUGAGUUUUUGAGAUGUCACUGGUGAUUUCAGGCUCUGAUGGAUGGUCAGCAUAAGAAUGGGUCAUUGGUAGCUUUUAUACUGUGAUUUUUUUUUUUCUUUAUAUGACACAGCCUUCACAUCAAAUCAACAGGUCUUAACCUCAUCAUCUCCCUGCCUUCAUCAGUCCAACACUCGAUGUCUUAUUGUGUAAAUGGUUAUUUCCACUUCCUUAACAAGAUCCAAUUACAAAUCUUUUAGCAGUUCAUUAGUGCUCGGCUAUUGGAAAAUAAAACUAAAACCUCCUUUAGCACAUUUGAACAGAGACAUAAAGAA